GGGGCCCGGCGGCAGCCGCUGCUCCUGCUGCUACUCGCAGGCUUCUUGCACAGUGCGUCAGCAGUGUUUACGGUGAGAGAUGUCAAUGGGACAGCAUGUAUAAUGGCCAACUUCUCCGCUACCUUCUUGACCAACUAUAAUACCAAGAGUGGUUUUAAGAAUGUGAGCUUUGACCUUCCAUCUAAUGCAAAAGUAUUAAAUAGCAGUUCCUGUGGUAAAGAGAAUGCUUCUGACCCCACUCUCAUGAUUGCUUUUGGAGGAGGACAUACACUGACCCUCAAUUUCACAAGAAAUGCAACACGUUACAGUGUCCAGAUGAUGAGUUUUGUUUAUAACUUGGCAGACACACAGAUUUUCCCCAAUGCAAGCUCCAAGGAGAUCAAGACUGUGGAAUCCAUAACUGACAUCAUGGCAGACAUAAAUAAAAAAUACAGAUGUGUGAGCAGCAACCAGAUCCACAUGAAUAAUGUAACUGUCACAUUCCGUGAUGCCACUAUCCAGGCAUACCUUUCAAACAAUAGCUUCAGUAAGGAAGAGACUCGCUGUGAGCAAGAUGAACCUUUCCCGACAGUGCUGCCAACAUCUUACCACCCCUCACCAUCCCCUCCCCACCCUUCACCAUCUCCAAUACCUGAGAGCCCCUCAGUGUACAAGUAUAACGUGAGUGGUGCCAAUGGGACCUGUCUGCUGGCCAACAUGGGGCUGCAGCUGAACAUCACCUACAAGAAGAAGGAUGGCACGGCUGUGACAAGAGUAUUCAAUAUCAACCCAAAUAAGACCCAUGUCAGUGGGAGCUGCACUGACCAGCUGGUGACCCUGGAGCUCCAGAGUGAAAGCAGCACUUUCCUAGUCUUCCAGUUUGGAAUGAAUGCAAGUUCUAGCCGGUUUUUCCUACAAGAAAUUCAGUUGAACACAACUCUUCCUGAUGCCAGAGAUCCCAACUUCAGGGCUGCCAACAGCUCACUGAGAGCACUUCAGGCCACUAUGGGGAAUUCCUACAAGUGUAACGCUGAGGAGCACAUUUGGGUCACAGAGGCCUUUUCUGUCAACGUAUUCAAAGUCUGGGUCCAGGCUUUCCACGUAGAAGGUGACAAGUUUGGGUCUGUGGAAGAAUGUCAGCUGGAUGAGAACAACAUGCUGAUCCCCAUCGCCGUGGGUGGCGCCCUGGCAGGGCUGGUCCUCAUUGUCCUCAUUGCUUACCUCAUCGGCAGGAAGAGGAGCCACGCUGGCUACCAGACGAUUUAGCACCACCUAGCACCACCGUGCUGCUGCAGACUAGCAGCAGCUGCAGGGCCUCUGUUCAUUUCUUUGAGCUUAGAUUGAUGUUGAGGGAGGCACACUUUAUUGCAAACUGAUUUUCAAAUCUGCUUUAUCCAAUGUGAAGUUCAUCUUGCAACAUUUACUAUGCACAAAAUGAGUAUCGAAAUGACGGUGUUAAUUUUGCUAACUGGGUUAAAUAUUUUGCUAACUGGUUAAAUGUUAAUAUUUACCAAAGUAGAACUUUAAGGGUGAGAUAAGAGUGCUUUUCUAAAUGGGCACUGGCUCCACUAUCAUUUGGCUUUUUAAGGUUCCGGUGUUUGGUCUCUUCAUUCUUGACUCAGAUAUAAGCCUUACAAAGGGAGGUCCUCUGUUCUUAACACUUACAACUGAUGAAGGCUAGCUAACUGUUAGACUUAAAUACACUUAAGAAAUUAGUAGAAAAAAAAAUUAAAACAGAAGUGCUUCAAAAGCUGAAAAUCUGGAAUGCUUAAAUUAAGCUUUAGAAACCAGGACAGGCCUGACUCCCAUGGGCUCCACAGCUCAACACAUGAGUGUCAAAGCUUAUGGGGUGUCAAGUCCUUUGGUCUUUCCACGUUCUGCCACUCAAGAGCUGGUACUUUUUUAAAUAGAAAAAAGGGUGUUAUUUUUAUUUACUUUUUUUUGUAAAGUGAUUUUCAGUCUUCUGUUUAAGGUUCAGGGUGAUCCUGUAUCUGCACUUGUGUACAAUAAUCAGUUUCACUCUCUGAUUUAACAGCUUGCAGCUCGGGUGGGCUGUGCACUGAGGAUCCCUUCGUGUAAUGCAUUGCUAUAACAAUGCUAAUAAAAUGUCUCUUUCGUUGUUUGUC